GGAACGAACGUAGCAGGCUGGCCGGCGGAGAGCGAGCAAGCAAGCGAACGUUGAAGCGGUGCGAAGGAAAGGAAGGAAGGGAAGGGGGAACUAGGUUCGUUCCAAGUCGCUCACUGCUUCAUUCGGUUUGCUCAUACAGACCAGAUAGAUUGUGUGUUGCAUCUCACGUGGUUGUGGGUUUCCUUGAACCUUUUUUUGACAACGAUUGUUACACCAUGUGUGACACUGUUCUAGUCUGCUGAAUUUAUAUAACAACGUACGUUAAUGAGCUGUGUUUGUGGGUGCGUGGUUCAGUAUUUUCGGAUCAUACAUGUUUUAAACUGUGAACAGAAAGUGCUUUGGUGAAGUUUGUUAAUUGUAUCUACAUUUUGAUCAACUGAUCGUUUGGACAUACUCAUCUUCAUCCGCAGCAGAUACGAGACGCUUCCAGUCAUCCAUCGGAAAGCCUGCGGCGUCUAGUGUGAGCAUCUGUGCCCUUGUCUGCACGGCGGUUUCAGGAGCAAAACGCAGUGUAUAUGACAACAAAUCCUUGAGUAAUCCGUACGCAGUCGUCAUUACGAGAACGGAGUGUAGUACCCCUGCUGAAUAGCGACCUGAAGUUGGAAACUGUGAGCCAGUUCGGGAAAUCAUCAGGAAAGAAAACAGAAGACGAGAAAGUGAUUACUUUGGGAGUUUGUUGCUACCCGUCGUCUACGUUUCUCGGUGGAUGCGAGACCUUGUGAAAAUAGAGGGACGAGGUCACUAGGCAGAGCUUGUGUCAUUUAAACACCGGAAGUACGGGAACUACUGAAGAAUAUAACGGAGUUGGUACUCCAGAUCGUGGUACAAAAUUAUGAAGGUGCAGCCGUGGUGUGCACUAAGAGUUCAGAGGCACGGACUAACGGCAACUCUUCUUCCUCCUCCGUCUGCACGACAGUCGUUGCAAACAAAGCCAACUGAUACACCGAUAAAGGUCGCUGGAAGCUCAGCGGGCAUGGAAGGCAAUGGGCUCAUGGACCACGACCUCCAUGGCAACGGUCUAAUACCAGCAAUGAACGGAAGCCAGAACGGAUCUUCUGGACGUUCAACCCCAAGCGGUUGUGAUCCAGCACCAGGGAAGCUAUUUGUUGGUGGUCUGAGCUGGCAGACAUCUUCAGAGAAGCUGAAGGAAUAUUUUGGCAUGUUCGGCACAGUUACAGAUGUUCUCAUCAUGAAGGAUCCAGUUACCCAAAGGAGCCGUGGAUUUGGGUUCAUAACAUUCUCAGAGCCUGAUACUGUUGAGAAGGUCCUUAAAGUGCCUAUCCAUACACUUGAUGGCAAGAAGAUAGACCCGAAACAUGCCACUCCAAAGAACAGAGCCAAGGCUGGUAACAGGACAAAGAAGAUUUUUGUGGGUGGUGUAAGUCAGGACACGUCGUCUGAAGAAGUGAAAGCAUACUUUGGCCAGUUUGGCAAAGUGGAAGAAACAGUAAUGCUGAUGGAUCAGCAGACAAAGCGUCACCGAGGCUUUGGAUUCGUGACCUUUGAAAACGAAGAUGUGGUGGACCGCGUGUGUGAGAUCCAUUUCCACACUAUCAAGAAUAAGAAAGUUGAAUGCAAGAAGGCACAACCUAAAGAAGCAGUCCAGACUGCAACACUGCUGGGAAAACGCAUGGUUCUUGGCCCGCUGGGAGUAAGGAUGGCGGCUCCUCAACCGUUAGCACCAGCCACUCAGCUGGCAGCCGUGCAGGCCCAGGCUCAUGCUCAGGCGGCCACAGCGGCAGCCGCCCAGGCUCAGAAUGCAGCUGCUUUGGCCGGAUACGGGAAGCUGUUUGGAACAUACCCAACCCUGGCAAGCUACCGUUAUGCUCCGUACCCCAUUCCAGCAGCAGUUGGAGCAGUGGGUGGUGUUGGUGCUGCAGUUGGAGGCGUUGGAGCUGCCGUAGGUGCAACAGGCACCCCUACUACAGCUGCAGCGGCAACUCCUGCAACCCUUCCUCCACCUGUACCAGCUAACCCCUAUCAGGGCUACAGCCUUACCAAUGUUGAUAUGUCAAGCUUCCAAGGAGUGGACUGGGGCUCCAUGUACGGCAUGGGCAUGUACGUCUGAAGAGUCUCCCGCAGCAGUUAAGCAUAAAUGCAUUUUUUAAUAAGUUGAACAUCGAGGGGUCUUGAAUCAUUCAGAAGUUGUCCUUCAGGACUUCCAGCAAGUUUAAUUAUUUUCAUCACUCCUUAUCCCAUCUUCGGCGCCAUGUUAUGCAUGCUGCUGAACUCGAAUGUCAGGUUGCAGUAAAUCUGACUAGUGAUUGCAUGUUGCAAAUAAGACUAUAAGAAUACACAGCUCGGUUUUCCAUUUUCUUGUUUAAAAAUAUGUAAGUUUAGAAGGUUCGGCAUUGCCAAAUUUUGUGACAUUUAGACAUAUUUGCCAGUGGAAGGAAAUUAACCUGGGUGGAAAUGGAUCCCUUACUUUCCAGCCUCUAGUUUACUCAGUUAUGAAAUACACUCACACAUGAAUAUUGUCUGCUUUUGCUCAUGGCGCAGUUAAAAAAUCUCAACUGGCAAGCCAGCCUCCCCAGCCUCAAGCAAUAAUAACUUGCAAUAAGCAGUAUUAUCAGUGUCUCAACAUCUUCCAUUGUUCCAGUCUUGAAUACAAAGAAGUAAACAAGAAUCUCCAACUAUCCCACCCCUUAUUAUUAAUUUUUAUCAUUAUCAUUAUUAUUAUUAUUAUUAUUGAAAGUUGGGUAGUGAAGAUGACGUAGGCUGAUGUAAGUUGGACCCACUGCCUUGUGAUGUUGUUAGAGAUUAUAUUUUUAGAAAAUGGCAAGUGUUUAUUGGCUUCUGGAGUUUCUCAACUUCAUUAUGACUGCCUGAUUUUUUUGACAUAAGACAUGAAGAGGGUUUACCUGAACACGCUCUUCUAUAUUCAGAGUUGCAACUAUGGUGAAACUAUGCCACCGGUAUGGGUAAUGGUUAUAUGCCAGGUGCCGUAGUGGAAACUGACUGUGUGCAUUAGAAGAGGUUGCCUGCCUAUGGAUUAUGGUAUAUCUCAAAUAUUGAGAUAAUUUUGCAACAAAGUAUUAUGUUCUUAGAUCUCAAGUUAAGUAUGUUCAUAUGUUUAGGUCCAAUGUUCCCCCUAAUAUUUCAUGGACAGGUCUAUUUAUUCUCCCAUGUUGUGCAUUUAUUCUGAGACGUGCACUCUAGUUAGAAUGUCGGUACGGUAGGAAAAUCGACGUGUAGGCAGCUUGAGUUAUAUGUCUUCACCAGUCAUACCGUGGGAUCGAUCGCUGCAUUGAAAUCGCCCCACAUUCUGCCUAAAAGUCAACUCUUGUACAUCAUAAUUGCUCCUUAUAAAAGUGUUCCUUUUAGUGGGGGACCAGUGUUGAAGCAUCUAGUCAAGUGGCUACAGUAGCCGUAUCAUCUCCAUUAUUGUUUCUUGGUGUUUCACAUUAGAUAUAGUCUGACUCAGCCCAAAUUGUAUGUAAGCACAGUUCGUUCACCUGUCAACAUUCCAUAGUUCAUGUGUCUUGUCAAAAUUGGGGUGGAAAAAGAAAUCCUCCCACAUGUAAUGCAUAGAGAUUUUUCACAUGUGAGAUUUGUGGACCAAUUACCGUCAGGAGUUGAGGAUAGCAAGCAGAUCAGUUCCUGCUGUGAAACUAAGAGUUAGCCUGAGCCCCUCUUCCUGUGCACACACCAUGUUUCCCUUGGAAUGAUGCUUUUCAUUUAGGUUAGUGUGCAGGCAGUAAGUUUCUUAGUGGGAAACACUGGCAGCAUUGCAGACAUUAUUUAUUUAAUUUGAACAUAGUUUUAAUUUAAUUUAUGUUGUGUUUUUGUGCUGAAUGUGACUUUGAAGUUGGAAACCAAGUGUUGUGCAAAGUUGAAGGAAGUUCUUCUUUUAUAAAUGGGGUAAAUGCAGCUUCUCUAGGUUCCUACGUGAUUGUUUUUUUUUUUUUGCGAGCCGCGUUAGUUGUAUAGUAUGCAGAUGUACUCGCUCUUAGUUUCGUCAGCACUGUCUGAUGCGGCAGCAGGUUCUGAACUGCCACUGGGUCACAAGUGUGCUUCACCUCUCUGGAGAGGUCACAUAAACAUAAUAAAUCUUUGAUUGUUACUCGUUUUAUAAUAGUAUAGGUUGACCAUGGAAAUAGCAGGUAUUACUCAGUGUACACAAUAUGAUGUUCUUUACCAACUUAAAGUAACUUACAGUUAAGACAUUCUCUGCAAAACCCAACAACAGCAUGUUCUUAUUUAUUCUAUAUUAAUGACAAUCCAUGACUUGCUAUUGACAGGAACAUGGCAUUGAUAAAGUACAUGCCGUAUUUCCUUUGUACUACCAUAUUGUACUCAUACAUAUUGUAAUAGUACCACAGAUGUUUUCUGGUUCGUAAAAUUAAGUGUUGAGUGUGUGUAUGUUCUCAUGCAGGGAUUGGCCAAUAGUAAUUUUUGAUUGGUACUUGGUGGUGAUGAUUAUGAUGAUGAUGGUGGAUUUUCUGUUGGUAGUGAUAACAAAGACUGAGAUGUGCUACAAAGUGUUUUAAUUUAAAAUAUUGUUUUGUAUUACUGGAGUCAUAGUUUGUGGGUCAGAGGGAAAGUGUGAUCGGGAUAGACAGGCGAAGACAAGAGAGUGGGCCUACUGGUAGCAGCAAGGGCGAGUUGACCGGAGGGUGGGGGCAACACACUUUUUUGACAUGGGGGUUUUCGCAGAGAAUAAACUCAUAGCGAAAGGAAAACGUGAAAUGCUGGAUGAUCAGUUCGAAAUCUUGGUACAGUAAACUACCAUCGCAGUGGCCCUCAAGUUUAGCGUGUUUUUCAGAGUAAUUCUAGUAUUUAAACUCUCCAAGUUUUGCUGCUUAUACUGUAUUUAAACUAGACUAUACAGUGAAACAUAUCUGAUAGUAGUGAUGAGAGAUUUGAGCAUUCUACAAAACGUUCAGAUGGGUGUUUAUUUUUGUCUCUUUUUUUUUUCUUUCCUCCCAGGUGUUUUGUUCACAUGCACCUUAAAGCAUAAGGGAGUUGCUAGCAGUAAACUUGGAAAGUACAGCCAUUUUUGUAAAGCUUGGAAGACUUUGUCUUCUGCACCUUCUUAUGCCAGCACUAUGCAGGUUAUAGUGUAGUUCCUUAUAUGAAAAAAAAUAGUGCUUUAGCGAUAAAGAGAAGGUUCAAGACAGCAGUGUUAACCACUGAAGUUAUGGUUGUGUAGGAAUUCAUCUUGUACUUCAGAAUCACACAUUUCAUAAACAAGGCAAAGAGAAUGACAUAUUUGAUAUGUGUUUUGUUCAAGUCAUACUGAGAUCAAACAUGCCUGUACAAGAUAAAAUCAGAAUUGCUUUGAUCAGUUAACUGUGUAUUUCAGAAUAAUGUGAAAGGUCCCAUCAGAUAAAUUGUAAUGGUAUUUUACUGUACAUGUAGUCUAUAAAUUUCAGCUCUCUAUUAUUAUAGCAGCAUCUGCAGUUUUCUCGACCUACUCAUCUCAUUUUUUUGUUUCUCUCUUUCCUUUCUUGUGUUAGAAUUGAAGUAAAAGUUUGUCAAUGGUGCCAAAUACUCAAGUGUCGAGUUAAAAUACCCACUAACAACUUGCAUAAUCACUUUUUCCUUUUGCUUGAGUGACAAUACCCUUUUAUAAUGUAAGAACAGCAAUAAGUGUUUUAAGGAGAAAAGGAGAAACCCUCUAUUUUUGUAUUUAAUUCUAAAUGAAAAAAGAGCAAAUAAAGUUUGUAUUUUUUCUUUGAGAAGUCUGUCAUGUGGUGUUUAAGGGAGCACCACAUAGAUAAUAAAUUUGAAAGGCUUUCAGAGAGGGUUGGUCUGGAAAAAAAAAAAUAUUUAAUCACAUUGAAAUGAACAGUGUACUCCCUGUCCCUAUUACUUCAUACUAGUUAUUUCUGUUUUUUGGUGGUUUGUCGUAUUUUAAAAGUUGUAGUCGAUAAGUACACUUGACUAGUUCCUUAGUGUUAGAUGUUUUUGUAGUUUCUCUGUGUGUAGAUCGUAGUGGGGCUGGAUGGAUUGCCAUCUGGUAGCAAAGACUUGCACUUGUAGAGCAGUUCUGAAUAAAGUAGUUUUCAUAGUAGACCAGCUGACUGCUUGAUGGUAUUUAUUCCUUACUUAUUAUUGUAUUUGCUUGGUUUAUGGCCUGCAGCAGGAACUUUACUGUUUUCAGCUUUUGAUAAAAAAAACAUGAGAGCUGUGGUGUGAGGGAUUGAGAGGAGUUGCUAUAAUUAACCAAUUACUGCUUUUCUGUGAUACCACAUGACUAUAACACUUACUGAGAUGAAUGGUUGCCUGCACUCUUGGUGGAUGUGUGUCCAACACUUGACAAUAUUCUAGUGCAGCCAUGUGAGUUGGAUCAGAGUGGUAGACACAGAGUUGCUCCUUUGCAUUGCAGAAUGUUGCAACAAGUUCCCGUUUGUUUACAGCAGAACAGCUGGAACGUGUGCGCUGCUGGGAUGCCAUUGCCUGCAUUUGCUUGGAGAUGCAGGUUAAUGACUUAAUCCAUUGAACUUAGGAUUUUUGCAGAACAUUCUGACUCAUACGAGCACGCCCUGUUUCUACCACGUGUUUAGCGUGCAGAAUAGUGCCUGAAAGGGAGCGUUUGUUUCUUUAGAACACGUGUUUGUGUUGGAUUGAUGCAACAUUGGGAUAAUAACUGAAACCCUCAAAUCUUUUUGUUAUCCUGUAUGACUUCUAAAUAGCGCAGUGCCUUAUUGGAAUUAUAACAUUAGUAGUGAUCUGAGGCCUACAAGCGAGGGGAGCUGAACACCUGGAGGUAGGUGCUCCCCCUUGCAGCUGAGAGCAACUCCUUCAACCUCUCAGAUUCAACAGAUGUUUUAUUAACUUUUCACUGGAUUGCACUACAGCAGUUGUAGAUACAGUUUUUUUCCUGUCAAGUUUUUUGAUGUGUGAGAAUUCUUGAUAUUAGUGGCGUGUGCCGAGAGAUUUGGACUCACGCAGAGUUAUGCACUACUCGUGUUUUUUUAACAAUCAUCUAUUGAAUAUAUUCCUGGGUGUCUUGUGUGCGUUGUUCAGUGGACUGGUUGUAGUUUUUGUAUACUUUGGUUCAAACUCUUUUUUAUUAUUUGAGCCUUUGUAAGCAUGAUUGGCGUUACCCAUAUUUCUCAUUCUGUUUUUGGGGAGCCCCUCCCUACUGGUGCUAAGUUAGUAUUACAUUCAAAUCAAUGUGCCAUAUGUGAUAGAAAGUUUUUUUUUUCUUAUGAGCGAGGAGUAUGUAGUGCUAAUUGAUAAGAUGAAUUUGAACUGGUUAUUGAGACAUACAUGGAUACCGUUAUCUGAUAUACUGUACACUGUUAGCAACCACUGUACUUUAAAGCAACUAGGAAAAUAUGUGCAUGUGUAGGAACCACGAUAUUAUGAUCUUUCCAGUAAGGGCUCCAUCAUUAAUAAUCAAUAAUACAAAUAACAGUCAGAAUUUCAGUCUCCUUUGUCCCGGGCAAGAACACAAAUAUUUGGUCUAAACGAUGACAGUGCAGUGAAAGGGGUUGAUGACAUUUCAUAAGAAGUCUUUUUUCUGCAAUAGCAAGUGCUAAAUGCGAAAGAUAAUUCUCAUACGAUACUAGCCGAUGGGAAGCACAGCAUUUUGAUAAACUUUAAUUUUUCACGUACUUUGUUGAGGUGCUUUUAUUGGUGACCAUACUUCAUCAUGACUAACAUAGUUUGCAUUUCACUCUGGUCUUUUGUUUUUAUAAAUCAAAUCCAGUCCUCAUCAAUACUGUAAUUUUCACGUUUUUUCUGAAAAUGAUAGUUCAGUAUGGCAGUUACAGUGCUUGAGCCAUUGUAAUCAAAUGGAGACAUAGCCUGCUCCUCUCCCUUACUGCUUAUAUGCACAUCCAAUAAGAUUUGCAGCUGAUUGGCAAGUGAUCAUAAUGAAUGAAUUCGCUUAUUGCAUGAUGAUCAGUUAAAAUGGGCACCAGUGGUGGAGCAUAUAUUUGUACUCAAGUCUGGAGCAUCUUACCAUACAGGUAGGUCACCCUUUCUACUCGGGUGGAUGAGAGACAUGAGUACAAAAAUACGUGGCAUUCAUACUUCCAAGGGCUCAUUUUCAGGGAUAGUUUUGUGUGCCGCUUCUACCCUCUCCCAAACCUCACUAGGACCAAUUUGAACAGGGACUUGGCUGAGGUUACAACUUAAUGCAGUAGUUAGUCAUUUGAAGUGUGUGGAUGAAACAACAGCAACUAGGGUGACGGAGACAACUCCAACAUGUUGUAUUAUUAACAUUUAGUUGCUUUAAAUGUAAUAAUUCCUUGCAUGCUUAGUGACAACUGUUCACACCCAUCAUUUUCAACAGAUUCAAAUUGCAGUAUUUCUGACAAAAUUAGAGCAACUGGACACAUUCAGCAAUAUAUGGUCUUUAAGAGUCAUUGUAUGUGUGUGACUUCAGUUAACAUUACAUUUUGUGUAACAAGAGGAAGAAGGAAGUUUUCCAUACCAUAAACAGCAUAUGUUAGGUAGUGGAUUUAUUGCCCCCAUCAUGUGGAGAAGUAAUGCAUUCCAUUAAAACUAAUGCAUGUUCGGGUCAAAGCUGAUUAUCCAUGGAAUUCAUUUAAUUCCCAUUUUUAAGAAAGAAGAUCAGUGUGUAAUCCUUCAAUAUUUGUUUCUAUUUUAAAGAAUCCUCUCAUGGAUAUGUUUUGAAUAUUCUAACAGAUUGAUUUCAGAAGCACUCUUAUUCCAUGUACACAGAGCGUUAUUCAAAUUUAACACAAAGUGAAACAUGAUUAAAACCUGUUGUGCCUGUUUAUACAAUAGAUCAGCUACCUGAUUUUCAUAUGUAUGGGAGAUAAGCGUCUCCAUUAUGACUCAUAUUAAUACAGUUUUAAGAGUUCUGUUACAGAAAGGACUCAUAUUACCCCAGUUGCGAUUGCAUAGUGUAUUUGAGCAAGCAGGAAAGACUGUCUUGGCCUGAUACAAAAUAGUUGUGCCAUAUAAAAGUGUUUGUCUUUACAUUUUACAUUCUGUAAAACGUGUAGUUCUUUGUACAAAAAUUUGACACCAAAUACGUAGUAUUGGUAUCUGUACUUAAAUGUGUUUGCUUCGCGGCUGACACUGUGGACUGCUGACUGAAUCUAGAUUUUCUUUGGAAAUUAUUAGCAGUAUAUAUAAGGGUUUGUUUCAGCAUUAUAGUGGCCCAUUUUCACAGCUGUUACAAAUGUUUUAUAUACAGUUUGAGUCGGGGGUUAUAUUCCCAUAUUUAGUUCUUUUAUUUUGGCUGUUCUGCAGAUUUUCUGUGAGAACCAUUUCCUUUCUCAUUGUUUUAAGGGUUUUGUCAAUAUUUGAAGCAUUCUCGUUUUCCUCGAAGUUAAGACCUCUAGUCUUUUACAGUCUGUUUGGCUUGUAUUAUGAAUCUAGUCAUUAGAACAAACCUGAAGAUGGGACGGUGUUCAAUAUACACUGGCAUUGCAAAACUUCUCAAAGUGUUGUCAUGAAAUCAGAUUAAUAAUAGGCAACAACACAUAUUAAGUUGCAUAGUUUUAAUAUACAUGUCCACUGAAUAUAGUGUAAUUUCAGGCCCAUUAUCAGUUGCUAUUAAUUGGAGUUAACACAAAUGUGUGUUAUUUUGUUUCAAAGGUGUUUUCUUAUAGCUGUAUUCAUAUGUUUUUAUCACAUCUUCAGAUAUAUAGGAUUUCAAGUUCUCACAGCAGCGGUUAUGAAGAGAUCUAUCUUCAUAUAUUUUCCACAUCUGAAUUAACAAGAAUUGCAUUUCAUACAAUUCGCGUGCUAUAAAAUUUCUGCAUAUUUGGGGUUCUUCAAAAGACUUAGGGAUAUUGUUAUUGCAAAUGAGGUAAUUCAGAGGAAAAUCUGUGGACAUGUUUCUGGUGUAUAGCGAUUUUCUUUCCUUAAAUAUAGGUCAUAAUUUUGAAUUUAUUUCAAGGCAUCAAGUGUCGCAAAUUGAUCUAUAACUGUAAAACUAUUUCCUUCCCAUGUGUUAAUUUAAAUGUUAGCAAACAAAUUACAUAACAACGAUCUCAAGAAAGAUUGAAAGAGAGCUGAUGUAGAUGUAACGUUGCACAACGAACGUACAUACUUACCUGGCCUAUGUAUACAGUGAUAAAAAAAGCGUGAGGUGCAACCCACCCCCCUCUGUUUGCAUGAUAACAUGGGAUGUUCCUUGCGUAUCAUUCCAUAGAAUUAAUGAAAAUCAACUCAAUUUAUAUUUCCUCGCAAAGCUGACGUUUGUUAUACAUAUACAUGUUUCUGACAGAUUUAGAUCAAACCUAAAUGUGGCAACUUGACGUACUGUGCCUGAUCUCAACCAGUUCGUGGUGGAUGAUAUCUUACAAAUUGUGGCUGAAUUAUAAAAUGUCACGCAGAACAAUGGAAUCUUUCAUUGAUGGUAAUUGAGUUGAAUUUUUGUGAUUCACAUAGCUUAGUCUGAGGUGUGUCUUGUGCUGUGUACUAUUUGUACAUGUUUGUUCUAGAGCUAGACAUCAACCCCUCUCCUGCAAAUGUCACACUUCCCUAGCCCCCCAGUAUCCACUUUUAAAACCCUAUUUUGUACAGCUUUUCCCUCUUCCCCCAUCAUAAAAGUGCUGUGUGCUACCCUGUCUUCCAAACCAUGGUUACACAAUCCGUGGGACCAGUGCCACAAUUUUUCUGUUGGCAAUAUCAACCUCAGUAUAUUUAUUCAUGGACAGAUUAAAAUUCCCCAGUAAAUAAAGAGUUGAAAGUUGUAUUAUCUUUUCAUGAAGUAAAAGAGAAAGCGUUUGUAUUCUAUAAAAAUUGUACCUCCCCCCAAUGAUAUGUGUCGUCAAUUGGGAAAUACUUAAAUACUAAAGUGAUUUCUUUCUUAACAGUAAAUAAUGUAAAAAGAACGGUAAUAUAUACAUAUAUAAACGAAAUACA